GUUUGAAUAAAAAUAAGCAGCACAAGAUAAGAAGAGAUAAUUAAAGGAAGAUGGAGGAAACUUGGAGCUGGAUAUGUAGUAUGGAGUAUGGAGAAUACAAGAGUGACUGGCUGGAAGUACUAGCAAGGUGAAAGCGCAUAUUGCGUGUUGGUAUAUCCAAUGUUCUCACUCUCAGUCACGGGCGAGCCGGCAACGGCACCCGCACGUAUUUAAUUCUCUUCUUUACAUACAAAUAAUAACAAUUAAGUUACACUGAAAGUAAUUACAAUAUUAAUGACACGGAUAAUUUAAAUAAUUUUAUUUAUUUGAAUUUUAAAACAAGUGAUUGUAAAUAAUCAGGAUGAGAUCAGGCUUGAAAACAUUGUCACGACGUCCUAAUACGCAAGUGGCUGUCAGCCUUGGUACGGGAUCGGUUCUCAUCGUUGGACCAACAGCGAGUGGGGAAGAUACAAAUCCACAGACGUGGAGGGAUUGUGGACCAACUAACCUCAAGGAUGUCAACCAUCUGAAAUGUACCACUCUAGAUCAACUAAACUCAACGACAACUUGUACUUCAUCUUCUACCACUACAACUACUAAUUCUAAGGGGACAAACAACGCACAAGGAUUGGUCCAGCUUAGAACUGUUGAGAGCGAAGAUGGAGAUGAAGCACUCGUGGACAUCCAGGAGACAUCCUGCUACGUUCUUGAAGGUUUCUUCGAAGGAGAUUCUUCUGCGAGUAGAAUAGAAAAAUCAUAAUAAUUAAAUUCAUUUUUUUUAAAUUUUUUUUUACCAGUAGUUAAUUACUAUUAGUAAUCAGUCACAAGCAACAUUACUGCUUAUUAAUUAAAUUUUAUAAAACCUUUACUUAAUUUUUAUUCAAUAAUACAUAAAAAUUUUAACUCUGCAAUGUAAAGG